AUGGAGCAGUUCAGCGGCGGAAAGCCAGAUGGCCCUGACUUUGAUAUGUCGCAGCUGGCAGGUCAGCCGCCGCAGAUGUUUGGCCAUUCGGAAGGCUCUCCAGCCCCGCCCACAAUGGGAUCCGUGUACUCAGAAGAGCAGAUGAUGGGGGGGUUGGAAGACAAUAACGAUGCGAAGCGGAGAAGGAUUGCUAGGGCCUGUGAUAUGUGUCGCAAGAAGAAGAUCAAGUGCGAUGGGAAGAUGCCAAAAUGUUCACAUUGCAUCAACUAUAAGACGGAAUGCAUCUUUACGCAGGUCGAAAAGAAAAGAAACCCCCCAAAAGGAGCUAAAUAUAUUGAAGGCUUGGAAAACCGUUUGGGCCGCAUGGAAUCUCUGCUGCGACUGUCCGGCUUGCUAUCAGAGGUGGACGGUGGAAAGACAGAUCUCGGUACAUUGGAACGGCGGCUUGCAGAUAGGUCUGUAAUUUCAGCAUCACAGCCGUCGAGAAUGCCUUCCAUACCUAGCUCUGCGCUUCCAAUGAUGCCUGGGCCAUCGUCCCACCAUUCCACCCCCCGCGCCGAGUCGAAUCUUAGCCCGCGGAGCCCUGCAGGCUCACCGGAUUCUCAGAAAGAGUCGGAGGCUGAGUUGGAUUCACUAUCGGAUAUGAUGUGCUCGCUGGUCACUACUAAUUGUGGGGAGACUAGAUACAUUGGGUCCUCUUCUGGAUUCUCGAUUUUCUCCCCGAAAGGUAUACAGUGGGUUAAUGAGAAGACCGGUGACUCUUCAUUUGAGGACAUGAUAUCGUCCGCCUACAUAGACGAUAAUAAAUGGAUAUAUUGGAAACCAGAAAUCUUUAGCGACAUAUUUGCUCGACGAGUAUUCAAGCCUCUGCCACCUCGAGACGAAGCCCUAUCUCUUUUUCGAGAUUAUUUUGAGAAUUUCAACUGUGUUUUCCCAUUAUUUCAUGAGCCAACAUUUAUGCACUUGGUGGAGAGGCAAUACUCACGGGACCCUUAUGAAGGCUCGGGAUGGUGGGCAAGCAUCAAUGUUGCCCUAGCCAUAGCGCACCGUUUACGAGUCAUGAGCAAUCUUGCCCCCCAAGAAGAAGAUAAGAAAGCCUGGCUAUAUCUGAAAAAUGCUAUGGGCGUUUUGACGGAGCUUACUAUGCGAAAUACUGACCUUUUGAGUGUGCAAGCACUCCUUGGGAUGGCUCUCUUUUUACAAGGAACGCCCAACCCUCAGCCUAGUUUCUUCCUCGUUGCUGCUGCCAUUCGCCUCUCCCACAGUAUUGGUCUACAUAAACGAGGCUCCGGAUUUGGCUUGAACCCAGUUGAGCUUGAACAACGGAAACGAGUGUUCUGGAUAGCAUAUAUGCUGGACAAAGAUAUCUGUCUACGUUCAGGGCGCCCACCAGUACAAGACGAUGACGAUAUGAAUGUCGAGCUUCCUAGUGAAGAUCCUCCCGACAACAUUGGAAAUGUGCCUCUUUCAGACGGUAAAAGCAAGGUCAACUUAUUCCGUUUAAUGUGUCUUUUCGGAACCAUCGAAAGCAAAGUUUACAAGCAGCUGUACUCCACGAAAGCCGCACGUCAGUCAGAUGGAGAACUUCUAAACACGAUCGGCGAGCUUGAUAGAGAGCUCGAAGACUGGAAGGACAGCAUCCCCCUAGACUUCCGCCCCGAGUAUGAAAUCAAAACUACCCAUCGACCUUUGAUCCUACCCAUAGUCGUCCUCCAUUUUGCUUACUAUAACUGCCUGACAACAAUCCAUCGGAUGUCGGUACACCAUGGAUACUGGACGAGCCGUCUUUCAAAUUAUGCAAUUCAGGGACUUAACGCCAGGCCGCUGAACCCAAGAGUCUUUUCUUCGGCCGUUUUGUGUGUUUCUGCUGCUAGGGCAUCGAUCAAUUUAAUAAAAUACAUUCCGCAAGGCGAUUUUGCUUGUGUUUGGUUGAUUCUUUACUUUCCCAUUUCUGCUCUUGUUACCCUUUUCGCAAAUAUUCUUCAAAACCCACUAGAUGCCCGGGCACGGUCAGAUGUGAAGCUGAUGAAUUUGGUUGUGAAUUUCCUGUCAAAGCUUGCGACGGACGAAUCUAAUGGCAGUGUGAAACGCAUGCUUAGUGUCUGCUCAGAGUUUGAAAGAAUUGCUAAAGUGGUCCUCGACCGUGCGGAGACAGAGUCACAGGCCAGAAGAAAGCGUAAGGCAACUGCAGACGAUAAUAGUAUUGUUGAAACACCAAACGAGUCCGGCACCGAUGUCCCUUUGUCUGCAGUCACAUCACCGCCAGUGAUGCCCCAGUCUACCCAAACAUCUCCGCGAUUUCCAUAUAUGGCAGCCCCUAAUAACUGUCCGCCGCCAACUGCAGCCAUGGCCGGUUUUCCGGCGUCACAACCGGAACAGCAACCGAUGUUUCAAGCUACUACAGCAGAGAACAUCCCAACAACUCUUCCAAAAGGCACUACAGGCUUGAACCAGGAUUUCUCGGGACUACUGGGCGGUCCAACGUUGAACCAAACAGCAACCCUAACCUCAGAACAAGCUUUCCCUGCAGAUCCACUGCCUAUCGAUAUCUCCGCUUUCCAGCAACCCUUCGUCCCGCAGGAUCUAUGGCAAAUGCCAAUGACGUUAGAAUGGGAUUGGGCAGAAAUGCCCAACAACAACUUUCAGUUUGGAGAUGAUGGAUCGACAUAA